GUAUUCAUGCAUGCAAUUGGCUCGCCCUUGAGAGCAGCUGAAACGUCAGCGCACUGCUGAGUUUGCACGCACUCGUCAAAUGGCCAGACUCAUGGGCAAUUAACAUUGUUAAAUCGUUUCAGCAAUGAUGGAACGCUUGAUGCACCGCGCAGCACAGCCACGCCCAAAGGCUGUGGGCAUUCUGGCGCUGGAGCUGUAUUUCCCGUCCCAAAAGGUCCUCAUGACCGACAUGGAGGCGGCAGACGGUUGCCCGGGCAAAUACACCGUAGGGCUGGGCCAGGAGGCUAUGGCGUUCUGCAGCGACCGCGAGGACGCGGUGUCUCAGGCGCUCACGGCGGCGGCCGCGCUGAUGGACAAGUACGGCGUGGGCCCCUGGGAGAUCGGACACCUGCAGGUGGCCACGGAGUCAGGAUUGGACCGGAGCAAGAGCAUCAAGUCGCACCUCAUGGCACUCUUCAGCCCCGCGGCGCCCGCGGCCUCCACAGCCCCUGCGGCCCCCGCGGCGCCCCAACCUCCGCCGCCACAGCCCUCAGCGCAGCCGGCUUCCUGCCAAACCAACGCACCAACCCCCACAAACCCUACAUCCCCAGCCUCAGCCUCGCCAGCCACAGGAGCAGCAGCAACGCCAUCAAGUACAGGCGCGGCCGCCAGACCGCCGCCCACCUCCUGGGGUCCGCCGGCUGAGGGCGCGGACGUCGUGCACGCCUGCUUUGGCGGCACUGCGGCGCUGCUGGCGGCGGCGGCGUGGGUGGAGAGCAGCCGCUGGGACGGGCGGCUGGCAAUGGUGGUGUGUGCUGACGUGGCGCUGUAUGCGCCCGGCAGCGCGGCACGGGCCACAGGCGGCUGCGGCGCCGCUGCCAUGCUGGUGGGUCCGGACGCGCCGCUGGUGUUGGAUCCGCUGUGGUACGGCACACACGGCCAGCAUGCGUACGACUUCUACAAGCCCUUGGGCUCACUGCCGUACCCCACCGUGGACGGGGCGCUGACGCUGUCUCAGUACCUGGGAUCUGUGGGCCACUGCGCAGUGCAGCUGGCACAGCGGCUGCAGGCGGCGGGAGAGCUGCAGCCGGGGGAAGGCCUGCUGCCGCACGUGUGUGCCUUUGUGGGCCACGCGCCCCUCAACAAGCUCCUGCGCAAGGGCCUGGGCCGCCUGGCGCUCAUGGACGAGCUCAGGAGGCGCGAGGCUGUAGCUGCAGCUGCGGCGGCCGCGGCAGUAGCGGGCACGGCAGCGGCAGUAGCAGGACAGGCGGUGGGGGCGGCGGCGGGAGCUGCCAAGGACACACGGCUUCUGACGCCGGCGGGGCCUCAGCGGCAGGAAGCGGCGGAGGCGGAGGUGAAGGCAGAGGAGGGAGGGGAAAGUCGGGAAGGGGCAGCGCUGGAGGGGGGUGCAGCUGGUGAAUGGGCGCAGGAGUGGGUGCAGGAGCAGCACCAGGGCCAUCCAAGCCACAGCCACGCCCUAGCGCCACACCUGGUCCCGAGGCUGGAGCUCGACCUCGGAGGGCUGGAUGAGUUCCUGCCGCGGCCGUCAGCGGGCACGACGACAGUGCCAAUGGCAGCGGGCAGCGGUGGCGGUUGCUCGGUUGGCCCGGCUGCGGCCGCGGCUGCUGCUGCGGCUGCGGCUGCAGAGUGGCGCCUGUCGGACAAGUCGCUGGAGGGGGCGCUGGUGGAGGGGACUGCGGCGCUGUGGCAGGAGCUGGGGGAGGACGCGGCAUGGCUGCAGCGGCAGCUGGGCAACUCCUACACAGCCAGCGUGUGGCAGGGCCUUGCCAGCCUGGUCUGGCGGCGCGGUGACGCGGGCCUAGCCGGCCGCCGCCUGCUGCUGUUCUCAUUCGGAUCCGGCACGCUGGCCGCACUGCUGGGCUUCGUGGCGCGUGGCUGCAGCGCUGGCAGUAGCAGCAGCAAUGGGAGCAGCAGUAGCGCUGCCGCUAGCAACGUAAAGGACGGGAGCAGCGGCUGCCACGGAAAUGGUGAUGGCGCGAAGCAGCUGCCGGUGGCUGGCGGUGGUAAUGGUGACGGCCCAGCUUUCCUGGAUCCAGGCCCCCGCGACCCGCGCUUCACACUAGAAUCUAUCCAGCGGGUUCUGGACCUUGAUGCCCGGCUGGCGGCGCGCGUGGUACGGUCCGUGGCGGAUUUUAACGGUGUGGCGGCGCAGGUAGAGGCGUCGUACCGCUGCCCGCUGCCGUACACGCCGGUUGGUGAUCUGGCGGCGGUUGGGCGGGGCGUGUACUACCUGGCGGCUGUAGACGAGCUGGGGCGGCGGCGGUACGAACGCAAGUAGCGUAGCUGGAGACUAGCUGGGCGCUGUGGGGGUGUAGUAUGUAUCAUAGCAAAGAUGCUAGUACGUUAGUCAGGGUAUGGUAGUGUUCAGAGCGCAAGACUGAGUGUAAGCAAGUGUGGUUUUGUCGAGUUGGUGGUUCAGUGUGGUUCGCGAAUGGCGCGUGUGUUGUUGUGCGGCGGCUUCACUGGUUCGGGGGUGAGAUGACGAAGACUACGGAAGUGCUGCUUCAUGAAAGACGAACUGCGUACUGUAUCAUUGCUGUUCUGCUCUUACGGGCUGGCGGCGGGACGACAUCGCCACACACCGCCUACACGGACUUGCAUGCGCAAAAUUCACAAGUUUUGUUCCGUGUGUGUGGUGUCGCGUUUUGGGUUAAUACCUUGAUGGUGAUUCAUGGUCGUUGUUUGGUUGGUUGGCUCAGAUCGAUUAUCCACGGUAGGUCGUAGCUACCGCGUAAGUCCGCGUACCGUACCGUGUCGUGGUUGUUGGGUCACUGGCGACACCGGAGUGGUGAAUGACUCUGGUAUGGGACUCUGCAUGACAUAUCACCAUUACGAAUGCCGGGAACAUAAGAAUGCGGAUGUUACAGAGGGGACAGUCCCAGCACCCGAAG